AUGGCCGCGUCGGCGUCGGCGUCGGCGUCGGUGAAGCUGGGAUCAAAGCCUGAUGCCUUCAGAAGGCAGGGACAGGCGUGGUUCUGCACAACAGGACUGCCAAGUGAUGUUACUGUGGAAGUUGGGGGUAUGUCUUUCCACCUUCAUAAGUUCCCUUUACUUUCCAAAAGUGCCGUUCUUGAACAAUUGAUAGAGGAGAGUUCAGAUCAAGAAGAGUGCAUCAUCAAACUAAGUGAUAUCCCAGGGGGUGCAAAAUCAUUUGAAAUGGUGGCAAGAUUCUGCUAUGGAGUGAAAAUAGAACUUUCUUCUUCAAAUGUUGUCCACCUGCGUUGCGCCUCUGAGCAUCUCCAGAUGACUGAAGAAAUAUCUGAUGACAACCUGAUUGCACAGACAGAAAUGUUUCUUAACCAAGUGGUGCUUCGUAACUGGAAAGAUUCUUUAAAGGCCCUCGAAACAUGUGAUGACCUUCUCCCUCAUGCUGAAGAUCUUCAAAUUGUGAAGAGAUGCAUCGAGUCAUUAGCAUCGAAAGCAACUACCGACCCAAACCUGUUUGGCUGGCCGAUAAGGGAACAUGGCCUCAUGCAAAGCCCUGGUGGCAGUGUGCUGUGGAAUGGGAUCAGCACCGGUGCCAGGCCCAGAAACUUCAGUUCGGACUGGUGGUAUGACGAUGUUUCAUCAUUGAGUUUUCCCAUGUACAAGAGGUUGCUAUCUGGUAUGGAGUUUCGACGCAUUCGGCCUGAGAUCAUCGCUGGUUCUUUGGCAUAUUAUGCGCGGAAGUAUAUUCCAGGACUCAGUAGGCACAAUAGCAUGGGAACAAUGCCCCUGGCCGGUACUCUUUCUGAUGUAGAACAGAGGAACUUGCUUGAGGAGAUCGACAGACUAUUGCCUGUUCAGAAGGGUUUGGUGCCUACAAAACUCUUGCUCGGGCUGCUUAAAACAUCCAUGAUUCUGAAAGCCAGCUCCACCUGCAUCGCCAACUUGGAGAAACGCGUCGGCAUGCAGCUUGACCAGGCCAGUCUGGAAGAUCUACUGCUGCCAAACUACUCUUACACCAUGGAAACACUGUACAAUGUGGAGUGCGUGCACAGGAUUCUUGAGCACUUUCUGGCAAUGGACCAAGCCAACGGCGGUUGCUCCCCGUGCAUCGAUGACAUGAUGGCGUCCCCUUCUAUGAUACCAAUCACUGCUGUUGCCAAGUUACUGGAUGGCUAUCUUGCAGAGGUUGCACCGGAUGUCAAUCUGAAACCUCCGAAAUUCCAAGCCCUGGCAUCUGCUUUGCCCGAGUAUGCCCGGCCGCUAGAUGACGGCCUCUACCGUGCCAUCGAUGUGUACUUGAAGGCACAUUCCUGGCUAUCAGAAGCGGAACGGGAGCAGCUAUGCCGGCUGAUGGACUGCCAGAAGCUGUCCCUGGAGGCGUGCACCCACGCGGCGCAGAACGAGAGGCUGCCGCUGCGCGUGGUCGUGCAAGUCCUCUUCUUCGAGCAGCUGCAGCUGAGGACGUCGAUCGCGGGGUGCCUGCUGGUGUCGGACAACCUGGAAGGGUCGUCCAGGCCGCUGCGGAGCGGCUGCGUGGCGAUGUCCGGCGAGGCCGGGGGGUGGUCGGCGGCCGUGAGGGAGAACCAGGUGCUGAAGGUGGGCAUGGACAACAUGCGGAUGCGGCUGGCGGAGCUGGAGAAGGAGUGCUCGGACAUGCGGCAGGAGAUCGAGAAGCUGGGGCGCGGCGGUGGCAAGAACGGAGGAGGAGGGUGGGCGUCCCAUGUCCCGAGGCGGUUCAGCCUGAAGAUGAAGCCGCAGAUGUGCAGCACGCAGGAGGGGUCGGUGAGCGAACAGCAGAAGAGCAUGAGCGCCAAGCUCGACAAGCUGCAGGCCAAGCUGUCCAAGCAGAAGCGCCAGCUCUCCGCCCACGCCUGA